GACUAGCCCGUGGAACCAUAGAACCCGACUGACCCAGCAGCCCAUCCCGGCGGCCUGCUAAGCUAAACCCCGUGAGCUUGAAUCCAAACCGGCAAUGGUAGAGACUUCCGGCGAGCAGUGAAGUCCGAACCAUUGAACCCAGAUGACGAACUGAAAAACGGUACAAAAGAACUAAAAGAUGCCGCCUUAUCGACGUCGUAAGAAUCAGGACAAACAUCACCAUGGAAACGGUAACGGAAGGAUUCCACCUCCACCUCCACAAUUCUAUGAAGCCUUAAUCCAAUUCAUGGCUGACACCUCUAGGCAACUCGCCGAAACGAUAGCACAAAUGCCACAACCCAACAACCAAGCUGAACCCUUAGGUUGCUCACUUCGUGACUUUGCUAGUCACAAUUUCCGAUCAUUCGAGGGUAUUGAAGGACCAAACGCGGCAGAGGCAUGGCUCACAGAUAUCGAGGUAUUAUACGAUACUCUUGGCUGUACCGACGAACAGAAGGUUAGUUAUGUUGUAUUGAGGUUGACGGGCGAAGCUGGAAGAUGGUGGACCGCGAAGAAAGUAUUGUUGAAAGAACCCCCAAACGAGACAAUAAUCACAUGGGAACUCUUCAAAAUUGAAUACAAUCGACGAUUUUUCCCUAGAGCUCAAAGGCAACUGAGAGCCAUUGAAUUCCAAAAUCUAGUCCAGGGUGACAUGACUGUGGAACAAUACUUUGCCCGAUUCAUAGAACUCGCUAGGUUCGCAGUUAACCUAAUUCCAGAUGAAGAAUCAAAGGCUGAACGCUUCGAACACGGUCUCAAUCCUCAAAUCAAGGAAAGGGUCAUAUGUCACGAAAUUAAGGACCUCGCCAGGUUAGUAGAAGUGGCAUCUCUUGCAGAGAAAGGAAUUCGCGAAUCAGCAGCAGCCUACAACCUAGAAAGGCAAGAAGCACAGCAGGCAGUACCUCCGACAAAAAGGCUAACAAUAGGAAAAGAUUCCAAGCCAACUAUUAACAAAAACUUUCCGCCCACAUUUGGAAAUCAAAAAUCUCGCUGUGAUACGUGUGGUAAAUUGCAUACGGGAGAAUGUAAGAUAACUAGUUCAAUUUGUUUUAAGUGUGGUAAGUUUGGUCAUUAUAAGAGAAGCUGCCCUACAAAACUUACCGGAGGAUCGAAGUCGCAAAGAGGCAGUUAUUAACAAUAAAACUUGUACGAGCACGAACGUAAUUCCCUGUUCUUAAUGUUGCUAAAGAAAUUACAGAUGUGGAGAUAGUCACCGUGUAAAGUAAACUUGCAAACAGGACCUUUUCUGCACCAUUCCCGGAGAAUACUGGUAUGCUUAUACCUGCAGGUAUUUCAUAAUACUGCAGUUAGUUAGUUAUUGUUGUUAGUAAAGAAGUGCUAGAUCGAAUAAAAUACCUGGCUAAGCCUCAGAGCGGAAAACCCUAAGAUCUUGGACUGCACGCAAGAGAUCCUGGUAUUGUUCUUGGAGACGAUUAUUGUUCUGCUCCAAGUCAGCAUACCUCUUUUCCAAAUCUUUCGCAUACGAAUCUACCACCUUCUUCAGCUUUUUAUUCUCUUGCUGAAGGACCCGAUUCCUUCGCCUAAAGUCCAUAUACAUUCGCUGCAAAGUCAAAAUUUGAGCUUUCAGCGCUUGAAUUUCAUUUCCUCGAACUUGCAAGCGUCGAGCCAUAUUUGCAACAGAGGAAGCGCCCUGAAUACUGAAAGCCAAAGAGUCAUUGAUGGCUUGAGCAUCAGUCCUAUCCGCCAACAACUUUUCAUCUCGGGGAGUCAUGAUGCCUUGAGCUACGGAUGCAGCUACUGCAUCACUCAGCAUCACAGAGUCAUUAGUCAGAAGAGGACCCCUCUGAGAUAAGAACAAUGGACGCCAAAUUUCUGGUACUACAGGCGCAGUAUUUAGAUCAAAAUUAUUUUGAGAGGAUGAGGAAGCCAUUUUUGGAAAAACUAAGGAAAUGAUGAUACUCCUCAAAGAACCUGAAGGAGAAAAGAUGAAGCGGUUAUUCGAAAGAUCUGAAGGAAGAAAAGAGAACUUAAUCAGUGAACGAGACGCAGUCUAAUCAACGUCAUUCGGAGCGCAGCUGCCACUACCACUAGUAGACAACUCUCGAAUCGCGAGCUCUCUUUCUUUUCGGCUUUCACCCUUUUCACCUUCUCGAAUUCCGAAUUCACCCAAUGACUUUUCCGGAUUUCUCGCCGCACCUUUCGCACCUUGCAGAGCUGGAAGAGCACCUCGAGAUAGAGCUGAAUGAGCAUUCCGAGAAAGGGAUGGAGAUAUUACGAUCCACUGUCGGCACCACUUGCACCGUCCCCUCUCAAAUCUCCUCUAUAAAUUCACUCGUCUUCUCUCUUGCAAAGCACACCUUUGAGCUCUCAAUCCUUCACACUUUGAAAGCCAACAUGUUUCUUCUGGUCUAAACUUAUCAUCGCUCCUGAGAUAGAAGAUGUAGUACCACCACCUCAAACCUAAAUCAAGAAAAAUGCAGCAUCACAACCAGAUUCACAAACAACGAAGCAGGACUAUCCUUGAUCUUAACAUCUAGAAGCAGGAUUAUCCUUGAUCAUGCUUCUGAGAUGAAGUAUCUUUCUCUUCCUUCGCAUCACCAUAAAAUUUUCUGGCAUCUACUCUCAAUCCGGUGAUGGCGAUUUACGACAGAAGAGAAAGCACAACCGAUAUGAGUACCGCACUCAUAUCCUUUCCAGAUUGCUUGCCUCAUCUUCCCCACCUUCCUCUCCUUCUUGGUUUCCAUGUUUCUAUUUGGCAAGCUUUCCAGCAAAAUUAUCAGAAAACAUCAUCACAAAAGAAAUUUGUUGUACAAGAAAUUUUUUUUCAAUAAUGAGAAAUAUAUUCUUUUCUGCAAUCUACACCUCGGCUUGGCUUAAUUUGUCGUACGGUGUUGAGUGCUUGUUUAUUUUUCUUGUUUAAUAAAAAAUCUGUAUCGCUAGACUUAAAAUUUAGGACUCUAAAUCUUCCCUUAAUGUAAACUUUAUGCAUUGCAUAGUUUACGAAUUUCGAGGACGAAAUUCUGUUAAGGGGGGAGGAAUGUAGCGCCCCAGUUUUUAAAACAUAUUAAUAAUUUCAUUAAAGAUGAAAAAUGAUUAUUUAUGUGAAUAAAUAAACGUUCAAUUGUCUUAUAAAUAUUUUCAACUAAUUUAAUGAACUGUGUUUUAAUAAAACUGGUAAUUAUUUUAUUUAUAACCAAAUAUUACUGAGUUAAAAUAGACAAAAGAUUAAUCAUUAGAUUAAUUAUCUUUAUUUUAUAGUUGUGCAAAAUAUUAUUUUGACACUUUAUUAUUUAGUAUAAUAAAUACUAUGUCUAUUAAACUUCGUAAUAAAAUGUUUUCAUUUAUGAAACGAACUAGACUCAAAACGGGUUUAAAAUGUUACUCUAGUGAUUUAUUAAAUUGAUAAAAACCUAGUGUAAAAAUACACUGCAGAUUAACUUGAUCUGCAGGAGAUUCGAUAUAUAAUUUAUUGCUUUAAAUUAAUCAACCACUUAUCUGUUUUAAAAUCAGCCGACCUCCACUAUUUUUAUUAAACUCUCCAGCUCAGGCACUCAUUACAGCCAUUCACUCUCCAGCUCAUGCACUCAUUACAGCCAUUCACAAUUGCUGCCUAAGCCUUUUCGGGCCUUUAUAACUGACUCCCUCUACAUCAGAAACUCACACCUCGCUGAUUACUAAAGCUUCCUCCUUCUUUAUUUAUUGUUUUCUUUCUCCUCUUUUUCAAUCUUUCUUUCUGUUCCUUCUGUUUGAAGUGAGUCAGAGAGAAACAGAGUGAGUGAGAGGGCGAGAUGAGAGAGAUCAGGAGAGGACCCACGACCCGGUGAAACCAAGAGCAACCCAGCACCAUUUCAGCAAGCCGGCCUUCGGUGCUUGAACCCGUGGACUGUGACCAGCAGCUCGGCAGCAGCCAAAACCAGCCGAACCCCACGAACCACGCCGACCAUGCAGCUGGAACCGUACACCACGAUCCGUCCAACCCAGACCGUGCAUGAUUCUGUCAACGUCGAACCCAUCCCAAGCCGAGGCUCAACCGUGCAUGGCGUCAAGACUCAGACCCACAGCCGUGUUCCAUGAACCCGGAAGCCAUAUCCGGUGUGCUGACCCGGACACCCAACCCAUCCAGCUGAACCCACUGAUCCAGAACCCCCUUACCCAGCAGACCCGUAACCCAGUGAAACCGUAGCAGCAAACACCAAGUCUGUAGAGGCUCGUGCGUGAUCCCAGCCGAGACUAGACUAUGAACCCAUAUGCCGAAACUAUGAACCAGACCAUGCAGGCAGAGAACCAGUGACCGGCAAACCUGGAAACGGUCCAAACCAACCCAGAAACUGCCGUGAAAUCGUGACCCCGUGAGCCCAGCAUGCGACCGUGACCUGAAACCAGCCAUCCCAGCCGAGACUAGCCCGUGGAACCAUAGAACCCGACUGACCCAGCAGCCCAUCCCGGCGGCCUGCUAAGCUAAACCCCGUGAGCUUGAAUCCAAACCGGCAAUGGUAGAGACUUCCGGCGAGCAGUGAAGUCCGAACCAUUGAACCCAGAUGACGAACUGAAAAACGGUACAAAAGAACUGUGAGUAUUCCUUACUCACUCAGGGUGAUACAAGUAGAGCUUUCUUUAAUAUAUGAUUUCCUGCUUUAUUUAAUAUGUAUGCAUCUUGUUUGGAGCAUAUUGUUUGUAUUAGGUCAUGUUUUAGUAUUAGGGCAUAGAGACAGAUAGGAAGCCGUGAGAGAGUGACAGACAACCCAGCAGGUGGGUUUGAAGCUCUGUGAGUGAUAGACAACCCAGCAGGUGGGUUUGAAGCUCUGUGAUGGAUUGAAACUCUGCGUGAGAUAGACAUCCAUGGAUUUUGUGGGAUUUGAGGCCCUGUGAGAGAUAGACAACCCUAGUAUGUGGGUUUGGUACUCUGAGAGGGAUAGACAACCCAGGAACUGAGGCCUUAAGAAAAAGGAUCCUCAGUGAAAGGCCGUAGAAAAUGAUAAGGAUUUCAGAUUGUCAUCAUAUUGUUGCACUGCAUUUUGUUGCAUCGCAUAUAUUUAAAUAAAUCAGUAAUCUUUUAUUAUUGAAAGCAGUUGACUGACCCAUAUAUUUAUAUAUGGGCGGUUUAGCCAAUUAUGCAGGUACGAAAGAUUAAAGCUCAAGAGAUGUUAUAGCUAUGGAUGCAUAGUUUAUAUUCUUCAGUGUUAUUAGCAUUUUAUGUUGACAAAGUUACUAGUGAUUUUAUAUGUAUGCUUUCGUGUCAUUAUGGACACCUAUUUCCUUGUAUUUGUUACAAGUAUUUUUUUCUAAUGAAAAUCUAGAGGUAUUUAAUUUAAA